GCCAGCCGGUACGUCUUUUGUGUAACACCCGAGCAGUGCACGUUGGUGUUGUUAGCGGUCAAGCGCUGUUUUAGAUAAAACCCAGAAUGGUGGGAAAGAUAAAACGUGUCCGGCAAAAGCUCCACCAAAGGGCGGUAAAAUGUAACCAUGGGGAUGAAGUGUCCGCAGCGCCGGGCUUGGAAAAGGCGCCGACGGCGGCCGAAGGGGAUGUCCUUAUUAAGUGUCCACUGUACGACAGCAAUAGGAGUGCGGCCGGCAGCCCCAAGCCUAAACCAGGAGGCAGAAUGAAGAUGCCGGAUACUUUUCCGUCUGCUGUUUUCGCCGGCACUGAAAUCAGCCCAGAAGCUCUGGUCCAGACACUGAAGACUGAGCAGAAACCAGCAGACACUUCGAGUCACACAGGCCCAUCAGAGAAGAAGCUGCAGUCCAAGAAGCAGAGGACUAAGGAGAGGCGGGAGCGAUGGCUUAGCAAAAUUAGUGCCAUUAAACUAGCAAAGGAGCAGCAGGUGGCGCUGACGCGGCGGAGGGCCACGCCUGUAGUGGGGGACAUGCAGCUGCUUGCUGACGCCCUGCCUGAGCUCUCCCAGCUGGUCUCCACCAGCCAGCGCCUCCCCUGCAGGAAGGCCAGCAUGCCUGUGAAAAAGAAGCCCGAACCAACCGAUUACAGACAGAUGAAGCCAGUACAAAAGCGGAAGCUUCUGGAAACAGAAAGCUCCAGGUUCAGCGAGAUGCUGCAGAAUCCCGCCUUCAGAGCGAACCCACUGUAUGCCAUUGGCGAGCACCUGAGGAAGAGGCUGAAGGAAGAAGAGGAGAAGAGUCCCAGGUAGCCUCAGGAAGCCUGAUCUUGCCACGGAUGCGCAUGAACUUUGGUGUGCAGUAGACAGGGGUCAGUGUUUGAAAGUGAUGCCCUCUCUUUGAAUGCCGGAGAGAUGAUUGUUCUCACAGGAGGUAAUGCCAUGUGAUGAUCUUCAGAGAGUGGGUAGCAUGAGGCUUUUACUCCAGGCUACCUUAUGGUUUCCCCACUAGCCAGUGUCAUCAUGGAGUCAUGAUUGAUAUAUUUUUGGAGAAAUAAUAAAUAUAUGAAUAUCCUUAAAAACA